AUGCUUAUUAUAAAUCUAUAUGAUUUGAAGCUAAGAAAAAAUUUAACUUCAUAGAUUUAUCGUAUAUCACCUUAAUAAUUCACAUUGAAUGAUUAAAAUUUUACCUUAACUUUUUCUAUUUAAAACUUCUCUUUUAAUACUUAUAUAGAUGAAUCAGUCUAUGUUGUAGAAGGUAAAAUUUAAACUUAAAUCUCUAGAAUUUAUGAAUUUAAUCCAAUUAGGACUGAUAAUGACAAAAUUCAUAUAUUGACAUUAAAAAGAAAUUCCUUUAACAUCUUCCACUCCAAAACUUAUUAGAUAUGAUGAAUUAGAAAAAUAUUAUUCUCAUUUAGAUUUAUAAACUAACAAUUGUAUUGAUUGGAAUAGAAUUAAAGAAUUAAAUUUAAAAGGCACUUUUUAUUCUUAAGUUUAUAGUGCUAUUUUAUUAUUAAUUAUAAUUUACAACAAUUAUAAUAAUAAAUCAAAAGAAUGUAAAUCAAUAGAUGAAAUUAAAUAAUAAUUAGAAUAAAACUAUUUUUCAUUUUAAAUGUCAUCAUAUGUAAUAGAUGUGAAAAAUGAAGAUUAUCCAUUUUUAUCAAAAACAGAAGAUAUUUUCACUAAAAUAUCUAGUAAGAUUUUUAAAGAAAUAACAUUUUAUAUGUAGCCAAUAACAGUAUUUACAGAUUUAGGUCUUAUUAAUGAAAAUUAUUAAGUUCAAAAUACCUUAAGAUUUAAAUGACAUACAAAAAUAAUUGAUUUAACUGAAAGUGUCUAAAUAACCAAUUUAAUAAAAUUAGAUUAAAUUGAAUAAUAAUAUUAUAAACAAUACACUAAAAUUUAAUUAUCUUAAGCUUAAUGGGUGGACUUUGAUAAGUAUUUUUUACAAUUGCCUUUAUUUUAUAAAAUCCCAUAAAUAUAUUAUCUUACUAUGUUAGAAUUUUGACUUCAUUAUUCGAAUUUGA